UACCGGUAGCCCUGGAACGAACACUAUAUUUGACGUAAGCUGCGGUCGUUCCAAAACACAAGAAGAAAACCAACUCGAAAAUACUGUAAGCACUAGAAGAACAGAAGAACAAUGAGCACCAUGGAGGAUCUGUCCAUUUGUCGAGAAGAAGAGGACUUGUCAGGCCACGAAGAUGUAUCGGAGCAUAAUGGUCCGACCGAACGUCAAAAGGCAGCCGAAGAAGAGAAAAAGCGAUUGUUGAAGCGAUCGGAGGAGAAGGCCGUUCAUUGCACUCGUCUCUUGGUGUACUUGACGGUUGUAGCGGUUGGUCUUGCGGCGUCAGUGGGUGUUUACUUUCUGACCAAGAAACAAGAGGAAGAAGCAUUUGAAGCGGCCUUCAGCACGAACGCUCACAAGCUCGUUCAGACGUUUACAGAUUCGGUGGACCGAAAGAUUGUCGCCCUGGGAGGUCUCUCUGCUGCUAUCACUGCCAAUGCACUUUCCACCCACCAAACUUUCCCCAAUGUAACCAUUGAAAACUGGUCUGCUUUGGGUAUACAGACGCGCAUUCAAGCCGACGGAAUGAUGUGUGAGUACGCUCCGCUUGUUACAUCAGAGAAUCGGCUGGGCUGGGAAGAAUACGCUGACAAGCAUCGUACGUGGAUAAGGGAAGCCUUCUACAGCGAAACAAGGUACGAAAGGGAACAGGAUGCGCGUUUUGGGAUUGAGGCUGAAUCAAACCCUACAGGUGGAGGUGGAGAGCCUUCUUGGGAGGAAACACCAUGUGAUGAAGGAGAAGGACCACCAACUGAAGAGCAACCUGGAGGGCAGGGACCACCAACUGAAGAGCAAGGGCUGCCCCCGGGAGAGCGUAAACGAAUCCUUCAGGCAGGGGGCGGUGGUGAGGGGUCUCCCCCACAAGGAGUUGGUGGUGACGAAGGAGGACCAGAGACACUAGAUGAUGUUUUACCUCCAAGCCGUAACUCCACAGAACUUUGCGAAUCUCCAGGGCCGACGUACCACAAAGAAAUUUUCUUGCUGGGCACCCCACCCCCAAGGGGAGAACCAUUCAACAACACCGUUCGUCCCCAAGGAAUGGAGUUCUAUGCUCCCUUUUGGCAAAUGACUCCUGUCAUCCCUAGAGAGUUUCUACUGAACAAUGACUUGAUGGGCUCGGCGGGAGCCAGAGACUCUUUGAAUCAUGUCUACCAGACCUCGAGGGCUGCUAUUGGGCCGGCUUUUGGAGUCCAAGACCCAAGCAACGUCACCUCUGAUGAAAGCAAAAUCGUUCGGAAGUAUCAUGAUUACCUCAAACAAGGACAGCAUCGGCACAUUACAGAAUACUACACUGGGGACCCGUCUAGCGGCCUUGCGUAUCCGGUGUUUGAUUCGUUCGAAGUUAGCAAUCGUAGUCUUGCUGGAUUCCUCCAUAUGCCUCUGAUUUGGAGAUUGAACUAUGAGCGAGUUCUUCCGGAAGGGAUGGAUGGCUUUCUGGUGGUCAUGAAAGAUAGUUCUGAUCAGUCCUUUACUUACCGCGUUGAUGGACCCACUGUAACCUAUCUCGGCUUCCACGACUUCCAUGACUCCAGAUAUGAUGACAUGUUUGUCUUUGAAAAUAUUGGAGAAAGCAUUGGUACCAAGCAUGGUCCCGACACCCAAACCUUUGAUGCUGUUGCAGUCGAUUGGACAUUCCAAGAAUACGUGGCGUACGUUUAUCCCUCUCAAACAUUUGAAGAUCAGUACAUGACCAACGAACCCGCUAUUUAUGCUGCCGCGGUGGCUGGAAUCUUUGUCUUUACACUCAUGGUAUUGGCCGUCUUUGAUUCUUUGGUGGCUCGGCGUCAAAGUCUGAUUUUGAAAAAGGCGGUCGAGAGCCGUGCUUUGAUUUCCACGCUUUAUCCCGAACAAGUGCGAAGUCGUUUGUUUGAAGAUGAACCCAAGGAAACUGAAGAUGAAAACAAACGACGCAAAUGGCAAUCACUCUCCUUGAAGGGAGAUUCCACAGCCGCAGCAGCCGGCGACCAACCAGUUGCUCGUGAUGCGAUUGCCCAGCUGUAUCCAUCUUCGUCUAUUCUGUUGAUGGAUUUGGCGGGAUUCACAAAGUGGUCUUCCGGUCGAACUCCUGCGGACGUUUUCCUGCUUCUAGAGACGCUGUAUCAAUCCUUUGAUAAAAUUGCCCUGAAGCGCGGCGUCUACAAGGUUGAAACAAUUGGCGACUGUUGGGUAGGAGUGACAGGUGUCCCCAAUCCCCAAGACGACCACGCAGUGAUCAUGUGUCAGUUCGCUUCUGCCUGUCAAGCCAAAAUGGGUCAAUUGAUUGCAAUGAAACUAGUAGAUGCAUUGGGUGAAGACACGGCCGAUUUGAAGCUUCGUGUGGGGAUUCAUUCUGGACCGAUCACUGGCGGUAUCUUGCGUGGUGAUCGCGGGAGGUUUCAGCUCUUUGGCGAUACGAUCAAUACAGCAUCUCGUAUGGAAAGCAAUGGCUUGCCAGGAAAGGUUCAUGUAUCUCAAGCGACUGCCGAUGAAUUGAUUAAUCACGGUCGUGGAGAUUGGUUGACAGAACGAGAAGAGAAGGUUGUUGCGAAAGGAAAAGGAGAAAUGACAACGUUUUGGGUUCUUGUCCGUACCAGUAAAUCUGCUGCCACUCAUUCCAUCACCAGCGUCUCUGACCUCUCCAUGAACCAAGUGUUUCCGAUGGGCCACACCUUGGAUUCGAGCAGUGCCUUUGGCAGAGUAGAACGGGCUCCUUCGACGUUGGAAAAUUCUUCAGCUGUUGUAAUGACUGCACCAGAUCAAGUACCCGAAAGUUUCGAUGGAGAGCUAGAAGUGUAGAAUGUCCUAGUGUGACAGAAUGCAUUUAUGCAUAGCUCGAAGAGUAUGGCUGGCUAGCCCUUUGGACAAGACCAAAGCCCCAGCUCGCAUCAGGCAGAGCUGGGACCGCUGGAGGUAGACGGCAGUAUAAUCUACAGCCGGACAAAAACCCAUUCAUUCCUACACUAUACGACGUUCUUGCUUCGGACUUUCUGCUGUACCGUAGCAUUACAUUGCAGUCCAAAUAGACUACUAGCUAGUAAGAUAGAUGAUAAGCCCAUUAUAAAGAAGGAGAUUGGAUUCUUCGUUC